AUCCGAAGCAAUAAUAGAGAGCAAAAUACAAAAAAAAAAAAAAAUUAUCAAAAGCCAAAUAUGUAAAAGAUGCCACCUUCAAAUAUGUUUGGAUCUAAUCCAAAUAGACCAAAUCUGUGGAUUCCACAUUCAAAUAUGUGGAUUUUUCACUAGAGAAGACGAACUCAAGUUGCUGCAGAUAUCGAAGGUGAGGUAUUUUCAAGUGAAAAGGGGUUUUCUAGGAUGGAUGGUUUUCAAGUGAGUGGUUUAGAGGGUCAUUUAUGAGUUUAGGAGAGAGAAAGAAGAACAUGGUGAGAUCAUUGGUGGCGAUUACUAUGGAAGGAGUUAGUUUCUGGGAUGGGAGGUUUUCGGGUGGGGUUUUGGAGGGUUGGGUUUGCAAGAGAGAUGAAGACAAAUACGGUGGUGCUAGGGACUUGCGGGCUGUUAUUAUUAGGCCACAUCACCAAAUCAGGCCUUGUGGGUCUGAUUUGGAGAAACAACCAGAAAGUCCAAGUGAUAAGUGCAAUGCAAUAUGGGUCUGCUUGCCCACUGAAUGGGCCAAGACAACCUUCCAAAUGGAUCAAGAAAACGGGCUGCGGCCUACAGAGGGCACAAGGUUGUGA